AUGGAUGACCUUGCCCCUGUCGCCUCAACAUCGGUGCCGGCAUGUGAGGCACCGCCCGCGCUUCCGCCACCCGGGGCGAAGCGAGCAUCUAACAGUCCCGCCGCACCCCAGACUGACGCUGGAAACAGCUCCAAGCGACCCAAAAAGAGCCGGUCCAAGCGCGCGAAUAAGGCUGGCCGCACCCAUGCAGCCAGCUCGGCCCUGGCUGCCCCCCGCAAGGAUACUUUCUGUGCCUACUGCAAGAAAGACACCGACCAUGACAUUUAUGCGUGUCCUAAAUUGCUGGCGCGCGGUCGGGCACCUGUGCCACGGCGCGCCCUCACCCCGGAAGAGCGACUGCGUACAGUUCCCUGCCAGUUCCAUCAGCAUGGUCGCUGCCAAAAGGGCGAGGCCUGUCCCUUUUCCCAUGCCGAGCCACAAGUUCACAAGCAAGACCUAUGCAAGUUCUUCUUAUCAAACGAUUGCAAGAAGGGGGAUGCCUGCUUGUAUUCGCACGACCCCUCGCUCUUUCCCUGCCGCUUCUAUCACACAGGUGGCUGUGACCGAACUGACUGUCGCUUCUCUCACGAACCGCUGACC